GUGAUGCUUUAGUUUCAUAUGAGUGUUUUUAUGCAGAAAAAGGUAUAAGAGAAGGCUCCUUUGAGCUCUGACGGGGUCGUGGAGCUCGGUGGGUGUCGGGCCACUAAGUUACUCGCUGCUUUGUGUUUGGGGCCAGAAGUCACCAAAACAUCCACAAUGUCGCAGAGUGCGCAGAGAGACCGCGCGGAGCGGCCGAAGCUCAGCGCGGAGCAGGAACCAAACGGAACCCUGGUGAACCCGAGAGCGGUUUGUAGCGUGUGCAAGCGCUUGUACCGGGACCCUAAAAUCCUCCCCUGUCUGCACACCUUCUGCUCCGACUGCAUCGGCCAGCUGGAGCCGUUCUCCGGGUCGUCGCGCUGCCCCCGGGACGGUCCAGAGGACAGCCGGGGCAAAGCGGUGGAGGAGGACCGACCCGCCGUCACGGUGCUCUGUCCCGACUGUGAUUCCGAGGUGGACAUGCCUCCGUCGGGACCGGAAGGGCUGAGCACGGACCACCUGGCUCUGGACGAGGUAUUCCUGGAGAUGCUGGUGACGGACGGACCGCUGGGAUGCGACCUGUGCGGCGAAGGAGGCGCCGAGAGUCGCUGCGAGGUCUGCUGCGUCAACCUGUGCGAGUUCUGCUGCCAGGCGCACAGGCGCCAGAAGCGAACAGCAUCUCACUCUGUUCAGAGUCUGGAGGAGCUGAAGUCUCGUGGUCGUCUCUGCCGCCCCGUCCUCUGCUCCCUCCACCCUGCUCAGGAGCUCCGCCUCUUCUGCCAGCCCUGCGACCUGCCCGUCUGCCUGGAGUGUGCCGCCACGCUGCACCGCGACCACCGCUGCUGCCCCACCCGUGAUGUUAUUGAUCGUCAUGGGGACCGCAUCCGAGAGCUGGUCACGGUGCGCCUGCGUCCUCGCCUGGAGCGUCUGAAGGACUCACUGCAGAAGGUGGAUGUAUCCCAGGAGGCUUUGCAGGCACGGGUGGAUGCAGCAGCGAACGAGGUGAGGGCAUUUGCGCGAGGCUACGCCAGUGCUGUGGAAGCCCACUGCCUGUCUCUGCUGCGUCGCCUGGAGGAGCUGCGUGUCCAGCGCAGGAACCAGCUCCACCUGCAGAGGGCGCAGCUGCAGCAGGCUCUGCUGGAUGUCGGAGGCGGUGUGGAGUUUGCAGAGAGGCUGCUGAGCUGCGGCUCAGACGCUGAGAUCCUCAGCGCCAAAGGCGUGACCCUGAGAAGACUGACCAGCCUGGCAGAGAGCAGCUACGACCCCCACCCGGCAACCGUGGACCCCGACGACGGCAGCGGCAUCAGUUUCAUGCCCAGGGAGCCAGCAGGGGAGGUGGACGGCUACCCGGUGGUCGGGGUCAUCAACUCUAGGACGGUGGACCUCAGCAAGUGCACCAUCGAAGGGGAAGGUCUACGGAGGGGCAUGGAGGGUCAGCAGGGCCACUUCACCCUGUUAUGCCGGGACUCAGCCGGGGAGCAGAUGGCACAAGGUGGAGAGCACGUCCUGGUCAGCAUCGUCCACAAGGAGAAGAAAAAGUGCACAGUGGAGACAACGGUGGUCGACAACAGCGACGGAUCCUACAGUGUUUCAUACACGCCGAAAGAGCCCGGAGCCUACUCAGUGUGGGUUUGUGUCAAAGCCCAGCAUGUCAAGGGCUCUCCGUUCGUUCUGAACAUGAAGAGGAAGUUGAGGCGCCACAGCGGGACGUUUCACUGUUGUUCCUUCUGCUCCAGCGGAGGAGCCAAAGAGGCUCGCUGUGGCUGCCCAGGAACCAUGCCAGGAGGAUUUAAAGGUUGCGGCCACAGUCACAAAGGACACCCCGGGAAGCCCCACUGGUCCUGCUGUGGCAGCACCGUGGAGCAGUCUGAGUGUUUGCCUCCGAGCGUGUUGGCUGCAGUUUCCUCCCGCGGCCACCUGCGAACCGUGGAGCUCUGAGGUGACACAGAGACGAGACCAGGCGAGAUGAUGCAAUACAGGAUGGCAGCGCCCAAAAAGUUAGAGCAGCCGGGGGGAGUAAACUCAAGGUUGCCGUUGUAAAUCCCUCAUAAGGUCAGGCAAGGAAAGCGAAGUGCUGAAGACACAGCAGGUACAUCCCAAGUCUCUAAUUAUAGGUCUAAACAACAAAAGGAGCACAAACUGAUUUUUCCUUCCACAAUCUCUUCUUUUCCCCUGGUAGCUUUUGUUAUGGAUACAGUUAAAGUGAGGGAAAGGAGGAGAGUCUGUCAGUCAGCAAGAAAGACUUACAUCAUUUAUCAUCAUUUCAUUCAGUCACGUGAGGCUGAUGAGCUCAGGUUACAUGAUUUCAGUUUCCCUAAAACAUUUGGCCUAAAACAUGAUUGCUCAGAAGACACCAUAAUCAUAUUCUGGGUUAUUAGGCACUGAUUCCAUGUUCAAAAUAUCAAUAAAUACAGAUGCAAAUUAUAUGAACACAUUCUCCCUCUGAGCAGGACAAAGUUCACAGUAUGCAGGUGUUUGUUGAACAGGUAAUGAGCUCCAGAGGGACAAACUGUGCCUUUAUUAGUUUGAGCACAUGUGUGCAGACACAAAUCCAUCAAAGGUCCUUACAGCUUCUAAAGCUGACGGACAGCUGAUCUGGCUGCGACCAGCUGCAGCUGUCGUCAGAAACAGACUUCGCUUCAGGAAAUGAUGUCUCAUUUCGUCUCUCCUCACGUGGUUUCCUUGCGUGUCUUCAUGCGUCCUCGGUGAGACGGACUGAGAUGGAAGUGAGGGAAGCAUGGCUGUAAUUGAAGAGACUCGGGAUGUAGCCCGUGCCUGAGGCAGGACAUGACUGUGUCUGGAGAAUGCUCACCUUUGCCAGGCCUAGUUGCAAGUUGGGACAGGAGCAACAAAGACAGGAGAAGUUGUGAAAUGCUCCAAAAACACCUGUUUUGCAAUCUGUUUUUAUUGUUUUUACACAGCGUCCCAACUUUUUUAAGAAUCUGCUUUUCAUAAGACAAACACAGAGCGUGAGCUGAAGCUCUGAGCUCUGAAUCUAUGCUGCAAAGUGCCUUUUAGUCUAAGCUCUGGUCACCUACGACAGGCUAGAAGAGAGGAAAUGAAAUACUCCAGUCACAGCAGCGCUGUCUCCUCCUACAUCUAAUGUGUUAAAAGCUUUGCUGAGGGGCACCUUGGAGAAGAGAUAGCUCUGCUUCCUCAUCGUUACACUUUUCCUUCGCCAGCCCUCCUCUGGUCUCAAGCUGAUUUUUUUAGUUUUUUCUUCCCUUGAAGCUGCUGCCAAUUUCAAAGGUGCUGAAAUCAGUGUUUUUUAAUCUUAAAUGUAAAACUAAUUAAUAUGGGAACACCAAGAAUCACCAGACAGUUGAACUAAAGAAAAUUUGAAAUACGGUGCCUUGGAAACAAUCACGAUGCUGAAAGCUACGAGCAGUGGUUGUUAUUAAUCUGCACUGAUCACUGAUGGCAGAAGAAGGGCUGUGACCCCGACAAGUCUGCAGGUAACAUUUACAUUCUCAUGAAUGAUGACUGUAUUUUGGAUGGUAAAGUACAGUAAUUACUGUCAUUCUCAAGUCAUGACUGCACAUCUGUUUUGAGUAUCAAGAAAUAAAUUGGCUUUACUACUUAGUUAUUUCAUGAUACUUACUACAGGUUAAACUGGGUCAAAUAAGGGUCGAUUGUCCCAAUAGAUGCCAAGUGAUUGCUGUACUAUGAUGAUUAUUAUUAUUAUUACUUUUUGGAACAAUAAUCACAGCAUAUCCACUAGAAAGACGUUGUGUUAUAUAGAAGUAUUAAUAACUUUGAAUGAUUUGGUUGAUGCCUGAUUACAGGUGCAGACAAACAGCUCAUCCUGAAUAAGAGCUGAAUCGAGACAGAAGCACUGAGUCCACUGUGCCAGUGUGUCAUUUCACGCAGGAUUAUUCUCAGACUGCUGUGAAACAUAGAAAUCCUGAGUUCUUAUUAUUGUUUUAAUGAGGAGAAAGCUCAUCAGAUCUGCACAGAAUCGCGUCUUUCCUUCAUUAGCAAGCCAGCUCCACCGUGCCUUCAGGGGAAGAGGGCUUCAUCUGGGAAACACUGUGACCUGGAAGGUGCAGUCAGCCUCCUCUUAGAAUACAAAGAUGUUCCUCUCCAGAGGCUGCAUCGCAGCACUGACUUCAGUCCACAGACGUGGGACUCAAAAUGAGCCACUUCACGCCUUCUCUUCUGUGUUCUGAAUAUGACGUAUCUUGAGUGUGAGUGCACAUAGAUGUUUUUUUCACUGACUGUAAAGAUGAACAGAGAACAGAGCUAUGCAAAUGACUCGACAUGAGGACUAAUCACUUUGAUUGGGCUCCAAGAGCUUCAGAAUGGCAGGGAACCUCUCUAACACUGUGAGUAUGUUGCUGCUGCUGGUCCCAUCGUGUACAUUUAUCCGAGUAGUGCCCGGUACUUUUUUCUGCUUCACAACUUUAUACUGGAACAUGUACGCCUGUACAAUCAAAAUAAACACAUUUCU